CUCUUCCUUGGCUCUGGGUGCAGGCCUGCCGCGCCGUGUCUCUCACUCCCCCACGGGAUGGUGGCGCCCGCGUCCCGUUCUACUCCUGGGCCGUCCUCCCGCGCUUCCAGCCGCCUCCGAUCGCGCCUGUGACACGCAGGCUCCUCUGGGAACGCGGUGCCGGACCCCGUCAGCCAUAAGCCUGCGGCGCUGGAGAGGCACUACCCGGCCUGAGCGAGCGCCCAGCCCUCAGGCCGCGCAGGGCCCGGGAUGGCGGCGGCCGGGCGGCCGGCGUUAGCUCGGGCUCUGCUGCAGCAGUGCGUGUCCGCUCGGCUGCAGGUGAAACCGCCCGAGCACGACUCCGAGGCCGAGUGGGUGGAGAUCCAGAGAGGACUUGUUAUCUACAUAUGCUUCUUCAAAGGUGCUGAUGAGGAUAUUGUUCCAAAAAUAGUCAAUACACUGCUGAAUCUUAAAUUAAGUGAAAAUGAAAGUGGUGAGUACCUUUCUGUUCUGGAUUUACCAGGCGAUGUGCUAAUCAUACCACAAGCUACACUGGGCGGCAAACCAAAGGGAAGAAAGAUGCAGUACCAUGCAAAUAUUGAAAAAGAGAAAGGGCUGGAACUUUAUUCUCAGUUUGUGACUUUGUGUGAAAAAGAAUUGGCUGGCAAUGCCAGAUGCAUGGAAGCAGGUGUUCUCGUCAAGCACGGCACAUAUGGAAACAGGCAGGUGUUAAAGCUGGAUACAAAUGGACCUUACACUCAUCUGAUUGAAUUUUGAAAAAAUAAGUGAUAACCUGGAUACAGAAAUGGCUUGCAAGUCAUGUUUGGCUUUCAUUUCUAAACAUUAAUGUACUUAAAUGGGUUUGGAGGAACAGUGUAAGAAAGAUUUUCACUCAUCUGUAUUGGUGUUGCCAAAGACAUUAAAGAGAAGGAUGCCCGAGA